GCCAGCCCUGUGUAUAACACCCGGUUCACACUGUGGGCGGAAUUUUACGGGCCGGACGAAGUCAAUGGCCUGUUGAACCGCUCGCCGCACUUCAUGGCCCGGCCCACGCCACGGCGGGGGCUGUAAACCUCUGCCCACUUUGUGAAUGUCCGAUCCGCACUGGAAAGCGCUCCUACUGCCUGCCUGAGAGAGAGAGAGAGGCCCCGCCGUGUAUCAGGCUUCAGUCCCCGGUGAAUAUGGCUCUGGUGAAAAGGUCGCUUCGACUCUGUGCGAGCAUCUCUGCGGAAAGCCGGCUGCUAGGCAGGGCUCUGUGCAGAUCGGUGAUGGAGCGGGCUGGAAAGGGCUCAGACAAAGCCGGGACUAUGCCGUGUUCUGAAACCUCCAGCCCGCUGUCAUCCCCGGCCAAGCGGCCCCGGACUGAGGAGAAGCCCCGAGGGGAGGAGAAGCUCCGGCUCAGGUUCGCCCGGCUGAGUGAAAACGCGCACCCGCCGACCCGGGGCUCGGAGCGGGCGGCCGGUUUCGACCUUUACAGCGCCUAUGAUUAUGUGGUCAGUGCUCAGGAUAAAGUUAUUGUGAAGACAGAUAUUCAGAUUGCAAUUCCUUCUGGAUUCUACGGCAGAGUGGCUCCAAGAUCUGGAUUGGCAGCGAAACACUUCAUUGAUGUUGGAGCUGGCGUUAUUGAUGAGGAUUACAGAGGAAAUGUCGGUGUGGUUCUGUUCAACUUUAGCAAGGAAAGUUUUGAAGUUAAAAAGGGCGAUCGAAUAGCUCAACUGAUCUGUGAACGUAUCUGCUACCCAGAACUUGAGGAGUUGAAGACCCUGGAUGAAACUGAACGAGGCGCAGGUGGUUUUGGCUCCACUGGUACAAACUGAACAUGAUGUUCUGCCAAACCAUGUCAGACAUUGCUUAAUUCUCUUCAGAGAUGUUACAAACUGUGGAUUCUUCAUGAAACAGCAACUUAUGUGAUCUAUGGUGCAGUUGUUUUAUACUUUGUGGGGAAAACAAAAAAUGACAAUCUAUCCUAACAUAAAGCUGCUUCCUUCAGGGUGAUUAUGAGAUGAUGAUGAUCUCAAUAGUGACUGUAAGUCCAGUAUUCCAGUUAUGAAUUCUAGCAGUAAGUCAACUGC